CUUUUCCUGUCUUCUGGUUUUUGUGUGGACGAACUCGCUCCUGCACGCUUCGGAAUCGGUGCGUCGCGGUGAAAUGUCCGCUUACGAGGAGACUGUGUAUCGCUCGUUGCGGGAUUGACGCUCUGGGAAUUGCUCGUCCUUUUUUCCAGUUAGGCUUUUUUUUUUUUAUCUCUUAUGCCUGAUUAGCGAUUGCCUGCGUCGUGCCUAGGUGGUAUGGGUACCGAGUUGCCGAAUUUGAAGAAUAAUUGGGCGGUGUAAAGGACUUACCUUGCUAGUGCUUCUUGUUGUUGAGGACGUUGUGGCGUACUUUCUGUUGUCGGAAUUUACUCUGUUGUGAUUAACUCAGUCGGGUGAUACUUCUAAUUGACUGUUGAAACCUCAGGAGUGAUCGUCUGCCUGGUGGCUUUUUGUCGGUUACGGCAGAAAAAAAGAGUGGAUAGAAAUUUGGGUCUUCGUAACUGGCUAUUUUCCUCAUUGUCAUGAACUCAUUUGUCAUUUGCAAUUGGCGAAAGCUAUCAUUUGACAUCACGCCCUUUUAUCUCAUCGGUGAUCUUUAUUUAUGGGUUAUCCCUAAACUUGUGGAUGCUGUUGUUUACACUUGUGUUGGAUGCGUUGGAUUGGUUGUCCAACUUUUUGUCAUAUGUUACUAUGAAAUGUUUCUUUAAAUAGAGAAGAUGUAACUAGUGUAUCUUUUUUACUUGCGAACUUAUCAGAAUAAAACCGUUGGAUAAUUUGAUGAAGCUCUUGAGGUUUAAACAGAGCUAACUCUCUGGCAAGGAAAGCAUUACCUCCCAUGAUGAGAACAUUGUAACGCUACUCUUGGAUAAGAAAGCCAUGUUUAUAUGAGUAGAGAACGUAUGCCUCGGCAAAGUCACUUUUGGUUAGAGAAUAUUUUUUUUCCCCUGCUCAGAGUACUUUUCUUCCGCUAUUUGUGGGUUUUGCUACUUUCCUGAUAUUUAAAUGCCUUAUGGUUAUCAAUCUUUUAAUUGUACUAUUUUGAGAUAAAAGAAGAUUCUCUUGAUCAAAGAGUAGUUACUUCAUCUGAGUUGCUCUUUCUUGGACCAAGAUUUUUUUUCUUUUAAAAUUGCAGUUUUUGUGGACAUAGCUUUUUUUACCAAGUAACAGAGCUAAUUUGCUGGUUAAUAAUUCUAUUUUCUUUCUUCCCUAAAAGGUUUCUUCAUAACUUGCAAAGUCAGUUUAUUGAUAACAGAGAUACAUUUCCCCUAAUAAAGCUGCUUUCGCUAUCAUUAUUUACCUCCUUGAAAAAAACUAAUUUUUAUUAAGUGGAGCCUUUCAUCCCAAGGUCCAUAAAAGAAUCACAGCAGGGGGGAUUUGAUCUGUUUUAUGCUUCACGAUGAUUAAUCUUAUAUUUUCCAAGUUGAUGUGGAUAAAGACUUGGUUCAGAAUUGUAUUCGAAAUGAACAUAUGGCCAUGUGUUUGUUCAAUGUACACAAUCAUGGUCUUGUGAUGAUACAGAUGGCAAUUUGUUUCUAAAAAAAAUUCAUGAUCACAAAACUAGGAUGUAGAAAUGAUGGUGAAAUAAUCUUGAACUUCUAUUUUCAAGCUCUUUAGUGUAGUAAUUGGGUUGCAUUAGGGGCCACGGAGAAUUACUUAAAUAUAAGGGAAAUUACAGAGAGAUCAAACAUACAGAAAACUUAAUUUGAACAUUGGUUGUAGCUGAGGGUUGCCACUGUUUUGGUUUCCCCUCUCUCUCUUUUGCUCUCAACACCUUUCCACUCGGGCUGACUUGUUGUCACCUUGAGUGCAAGUUUUGUGGGUGCCGAGAUUUAGCUGUAUAGUCCUUGCUGGUUAAAAGUCAAUACUAAUCUUACCUUACCCAAAAAAAAAAAAAAAAAAAAAAAUUGGUUGUAGCUACAACUAAACAAAAUUACUUGUGGUUUAAAAAAUUCCCCCUGGGCACCUGAUUUGUGCUGAUCUUGCUGGUCUUUCAAUCAAGGUUUAAUUUGAGAACUUUUAGAAAAUCCUAGUUUUUAUAUAGUCAGUAAGUGAUGUGAAACAAAUUUGCUUCAUAGGUAAAUAGCAAGGAUGAAAACAACUAAAAUUCAGAGGAGCAUCUCUAAAAAGAAAUUUGGCUAAUUAAACCAUAUUUAUUAGACCAGUAAAUGAUAUUCUCAAUGUAGUCAAUAUGUCUGUUGAAGGGUAAACAGUGUAGAGAUUUCGAGAUUUUAUUUUGGUCAUAAACUUCUCACUUCAACUCUUAUCGAUUUAAGGUAAAAAGGAUCAGAGUAAAGACAUGAAUGAAAUAUGCGAAACUUGAUGAGAAAAGGCUUGUCAAUAGUGAAAGACUAGUCAAAAUGUUGAAGCAUGAUGGGAAGAAAGAUUACAUAUUUAGAUCCAAUAACCUUUGCCUACUCUGAACGAUUGAAUUAGCAAAAGGCAUAACAUCUUGUGGUAAAGAAGUGACAUAUUGAGAGGAUGAAUAGCAUGAAAAAUAGAUAGUAUUAUGCUUUCCUAUGUGAAUGGUUUCUUUCAAUUGCUUAUGGAUAUGAAUAACUUUUAAAACUUAGUCCAUUUCUUAAUCAUGAAGAAGCCCACAUUAGGUUAGUAAACGCCUGCCCAGGAAAUAAUUCAUUUACUUGUGGACCCGUUGGUGGAGCCAAGCGGUGGCCCAACAAUUUUUUGUAAUUGGUAGUAUGGGGAACGAAAUCGGUGUUCAUUCCUUAAAUGCUUCUAAUUUUCUCGCAAAUGUCUCUUACUUGUAGGAAUACAUGUCAUGUUAAAGACAUAAAGUGGUGAUUAGGGGGUGCACAUGUCGAAAGUGGAUAUUAAAAUCUCCUGUCAUGAUUUGUCUACAUAAUGAGGAAAUGUGUACUUGCCUUCUUCAAACUCAUUUGAGAAUAUUUGUUUAGGUAAAAAAGGAAGAUGGCAAUUAUUAGUGUUCUUGUGGUUUGGAUAUGAGAUGGGCAAUCGAUUUUUUGUGGCCUUUAUGUGUUGAUAUUGAAGAUUGACUUCAGAUAUUUAAUGCAUUUUAGGAUUAUCAAAUACAAAUGGUGUUAAUUUUUACUUAUACGAUAUGAUAUGAUGAAAUGAGUUUUAUUUGCUCUAUUUGGUUUAAAGGAAUCUCUUGAGGGCAUAUUUCGUAAAUUUUAAAUUUUAUCACGGCGCUUUUUUCUCCUCCCCUCUUUUUAAUAGUUAAUGCAGCAUUCUUGUGCCCUUUUCCCCAACCAAAUCUCUGCGGCUCCCUCAAAACCCUAGCGCUCGUUAGUCCUCUAACGUUGCUCAUUCCCCAUUCACAUGGCAUCGAGAGACCAAAUUCUGUCCCUUAUUGCUGCUGUGAACAAUCGUGGCAAUUUGACGGUGAAACUUGCUUAUCUCAAGCGAGCUAAGCAUGCUUUACUCUGUGUUGACCCUUCUUUGGCUUCCAAUCUCUUCCGACAUUUGGCCAAGCUCCGGUGUUCGCCGGACAGCCUUAUCCGAAAAUCUCUUAUCGAGACUAUUGAAGAACUUGGACUGAAAAUGUUGGAGCAUUCUUGUGUGUUAAUGCCGGUAUUACUGGCAUUUUUAAGAGAUGUUGACUCCAUGGUUGCUAAGCAAUCUAUAAUCAGCGGUACCAAAAUUUUUUGCAGAGUUCUGGAGGAGAUGACAGUGCAGCUAAAUAUCCGUGGCAAAAUUGAGAGAUGGCUUGAAGAUAUGUGGCUGUCCAUGCUCAAGUUCAGAGAGAACAUUGUUACCACGGCAAUGGAGCCUGGCUGUAUUAGUACAAGAUUGUUGGCAUUGAAAUUUUUGGAGAGAUAUGUCUUACUUUUCACACCCGACAACAAUGAAUUGGGAAAACCUCUGCCCGAAGGUGGACAGGUGUUUAAUGUGUCACGGCUCUCUGGGAGUCACUCUAUUAUUGAUCCUGUUUUGCUCAUGUCAGAAGCAGGGAUGAUUCUUGACUACUUACUGGAUAUGUUGUCCAUGGCCAGUGGUCUACCGGGUUGUCUGGCAAUUGCGGUUAUAAAUUGUCUGGCAUCCAUAGGAAGAAAGAGGCCACAACACUUCAGCACUGUCUUCGCAGCACUGCUUGCUUUCGAUUCAAACUGUGAAACAGGGAAGAGAUAUCAUGCUGCCAGUGUUCGUUAUUCAUUGAGAACUGCCUUUUUAGGAUUUCUUAGGUGUACUAGUCCCGCCAUUCUUGAGUCUAGAGAGAGACUGCUUGGGACUCUACGAGCAAUGAAUGCAGGGGAUGCGGCCGAGCAAGUAAUUCGGCAAGUGGAGAAGUUAGCUAGAAAUGCUGAGCGAGCAUCACGUGAUGCCCGUUUGGUCAAGGAAGAUCAUUCUUCAAGCCAAAUAUCUGCUCAUGGAAGUUUGAUUAAGAAAAGGCCAAUUUCUCAAGAUGAAGAAAUGUUAGCCCACAAUCUGGAAGUGGCAUCCAAGCGAGGUCGAUAUAUUGCUGAUACCGACUCAACUUUUUCAGGUCAACAAACAGCUGAUUCUGGCCAUGGUUCCACCUCUGCAAAUGGUGUAUCCCCCAAUGUUUCAAUUUUAAAUGGUGAUUUGUCACCUGUGGAACAAAUGAUUGCUAUGAUUGGUGCUUUGCUGGCGGAAGGGGAAAGAGGCGCCGAAUCACUUGAAAUCCUUAUUUCCAAAAUCCAUCCUGAUUUACUAGCUGAUAUUGUGAUAACUAAUAUGAAACACUUGCCUAAGAUUCCUCCACCUUUAACAAGGCUUGGAAAAUCUGAAGUAAUUGGACAAUUAGGUUCUGCAAGUAGUCCAGCACAAGUUGCAGCACCUUCUUUUCUUCCUGCAAGUUCUGUUCCAUCUCCAAUGUCCGCUAUGCAGAUACCAUAUUCCUCUGCUUCUAUUACCAGUGAAUCAUCUCCUGAAGCAUCCAUUGUCAAUAGCGUCUCUGCAGAUUCUAAACGUGAUCCAAGAAGGGAUCCCCGCCGCCAGGAUCCACGAUUAGCAGUGCCUCCUGAAGCUGUAUUACCCACUGUGGUUGACUUUGGAGAUGUGCAAUCUAAAUUAGAUGAUUUUAAUUCGAAUAAGCCGCAGUUAUCUGCAAUGGUGGGUGGUAAAACAGCUUCAUCACCUUUACUAUCUAAAAAGAAAAGUGAUGAUGAGAUUUUGGGAUCAUCUUUGCAUGGUACCAGUGAAUUAAUUCCAAAAGAGGUGGUUCAGGAUGGUUUUCAGGAAACUAAACCUACUGCCGAAGUUGGUCUUUCUUCAGAUGUAGCGUUUUCUUCUGAACAAAUAACUGAGGAUGAUAUAGUGAAAGCAGAGGACAUACAGAUGGAUGAAUCUGAGACACCAUCAAAUGUUGAAUUAGAUCACAGUCCUCCAGCUGUUGCCAACAUGGCAGCCUUUGAGGAGACAGGAAAGGACCUACCUGUUGUUCCAUCCUAUAUUGAGCUUAAUGGAGAACAGGAAGCCAGUGUCAGAAAAUUGUUGUUUGAGCAGAUAAUGGAGUCAUGCAAGCAUCCAAAUGGGAAAGAAUGUGGACGUAUGGGGAUGUCAUUAAUUGCUCGACUUGUUGCUCAGAGUGCUGCUGCUGAUGAUUUAGUUGAGAUGCUGAAGAACCACAUCCUUGAGGAUUACCAAUUACAAAAGGGACAUGAGCUUGUGUUGGAAGUCCUCUAUUAUCUAUAUUCGAUAUCUGGAUCUGAUUCGGCUGAAAGCUCCGCAUGUGCUGUCACAUAUGAAAAAUUUCUCUUGGAAAUGGCUGAAUCUUUGCUACUCAAGUUUCCAGCUUCUGACAAGUCAUUGAGUAGACUUCUUGGUGAAGCUCCAGUUUUGCCCAGUUCUGUCUUGAAACUUUUAGAUGAUCUCUGCAAUUCUGACAUUUCUGAUUACCAUGGAAAAAGUCUGCGUGAUGCUGAUCGUGUCACCCAGGGCCUUGGUGCUGUGUGGAGUUUGAUUUUGGGCCGUUCUCAUUACAGGCAAUCCUGCUUGGAUAUAGCUUUGAAGUGUGCUCUUCAUUCACAAGAGGAAAUCCGAGCUAAAGCUAUUCGUCUGGUGGCUAACAAACUCUUUCAGCUGAGUUAUGUUGCUGAGACUAUUGAGCAUUUUGCAAAAAGUAUGUUAUUCUCAGCUGUUAAUCAGAAUGCUUCAGAUGUUGAGGCUUGCCAACCUGGCUUGAAUGAACAGCUGGAUGAAGGGAAGAUUGGAAGCCAGAAUACUUCCAGCAGUGGUUCUCAAGUUCCAUUUUCAGAGGCUGCGACUUUUGAAAGUGAAUCUAUAGGUGGCGCACAACCUCUGGCCCAGGGCAUCUCUUCUUUAUCUUUGUCUGAAGCUCAACGACUCAUUUCUUUGUUUUUUGCUUUGUGUAUGAAGAAACCUAGCCUACUUCGCCUUGUGUUUGAUGCUUAUGGUCAAGCACCGAGACCUGUAAAGCAGGCUGUGCAUCGCCAUAUCCCUGUUCUUAUACGGGCUUUAGGGUCAUCUUAUUCUGAAUUGCUGCAAAUAAUAUCAGAUCCGCCUCAAGGAAGUGAAAAUCUUUUGAUGCUGGUGCUCCAAAUAUUGACCGAGGAAACAGUACCUUCUCCAGAUCUGAUAACCACUGUCAAACACUUAUAUGAAACUAAGCUGAAGGAUGUUUCAAUCCUUAUCCCAAUGUUACCCUCAUUUUCCAAAAGCGAGGUUUUACCCAUCUUCCCUCAAAUGGUGAACCUUCCUCCGGAUAAGUUCCAAAAGGCACUUGCCCACAUAUUACAGGGUUCUGCUCAUACUGGUCCUGCUUUGACGCCGGCAGAAGUGUUGGUUGCCAUACAUGACAUUGUUCCUGAGAAGGAUGGUGUUCUGCUGAAAAAGGUGAUGGAUGCUUGCUCGACUUGUUUUGAGCAGCGGACGGUUUUUACCCAGCAGGUGCUAGCAAAGGCCUUAAACCAGAUGGUUGAUCGAACUCCAUUGCCUCUUCUGUUCAUGAGAACAGUCAUUCAGGCCAUUGAUGCAUUUCCUGCUCUGGUUGACUUUGUAAUGGAGAUUCUCUCCAAACUGGUUAGUAAGCAGAUUUGGAAGAUGCCUAAGCUUUGGGUGGGCUUCUUGAAAUGCGUAUCCCAGACGCAGCCACAUUCUUUCGGCGUAUUGUUGCAGUUGCCCCCGCCGCAACUUGAGAGUUCUUUAAAUAAAUAUACCUCCUUGAGAGGGCCUCUUACUGCUUUUGCAAGUCAACCAAAUAUUAGAGCUUCGCUACCCAGGACGACUCUAUCGGUUCUUGGCCUCACAAGUGAAACUCAUGUCCAGCAACCGCAUGUUGCAUCUUCCCUGGCCUCGGGCGCAAGCUCUUCGGUCCAUGGAACGACGAUGACAUGAUAUCACAAACACAUGGCUUGAUAGAUUGAUCAAACUGUGCUAUACGGCAGCAGAUGGGGAUGAGGAGGAUGGCAAAUUUGGUUCUUCGAAAUUUUUUGAGUGGAAGAUGUAAAUUGGCGGCUCGUUAUGGUGGCUGUUGGCCUUGUUAAAAUUGAAGGGGUCACUUCAGCUCUGCUUCCAUUAUGUUCUCCGGGAGGGAUUGCCGUUUAAGUGAGAUCCCUCCGCUGCUGCCGACGCCGCUGCUGCUCCUCCGGAAAUGUACAUUAGUUGUAUAUUUCAUCGUAGUUCCGGUGAUCCAGUUCCCAUCGGAUAGGCUCUGAAUUUUUUGUUCUUAUCAUUGUAUUAUAAGAAAUAAUUGAUUCGAAAAGUUGCCGACAAAAAGCUAAAAAAAAAAAUAGGAAAUAGCGCACUAGAUUAGCAUUUUACCAUUUACAGCAAUAUAAAACUUUUCAUCAUCUAA